UUUCGCCACAACGCUAUCGAACGGUAUAUCAUUCAUCAAAUACAACCAUUCAUCGACUUGAACAUCUCUUCCGCCCAUUCGACUCUUAUACCCUCACUGUUCGCACAGACCACACGACCAAUUCUCCCACUUACAGCAACCAUGGGUAGCCCUCCUAAGUACGAACAGAUACCCAGCGACGACGUCUACGAUCAUGUCGGCGACGUGGAAGCCGGUCUCACAAACUCGACCGCUGAGGGUGCAGACAGCGUCAUCUACACAUAUGCUCCGUUGUUCCCUCGCAAGGGAAAGACUGAGCAUGUUGUCGGUCUGAGGGGCAUGAACAGGCAGGAAACCAUCGCUAUGGUCCACCGCUACUUCCCAUCUUUGAUGGACCUCUCAACCGAUCGACUCGCUUUCGAAGUCCCCGUGCCUAGUGCCGCACCCGUCAUCGGUCAGAGGAUCAACAGCCCUCACGCCGUCCACGUCGAGGAAUGGGCCAAGGUCCAGGACGAGGCUUGGGCUGGGUUCGAGAGGAGUGCUCCGGCCAGGAUCAGGGUCGUUGUUGUCGACACCCCUAAGGAUAUCAGGCGACGAGAAUGCCGAACCGCCUUUGCUAUCAGCGCGGCCGUCUUCGGACCCAUCCUCUUCAUGUUCCUCUUCUUUGUCGCCAUGUUCGUCCUCGCCAGCUUCGACGACUAGACUCGAUUCUAGCUGUCAUUCAAGUCUGGGCGAACCGAGCGGCUCGAUCAUACGCCACGCCCAUCCACCCCACUCCUUUAUGAACUGUAACACCGAAAUCAGCAGCUGCACACGUAUACGCUCCCUUGUUUUCCACUUCUUGUAACCGGACCCAACCGACAUCCUUGUAGUCGCUACAUAUACACGCAGAGAUGACAUACAUAUACCCUUUG